AAGCGAAAAAUUAAAAAAGAAAUGUGUUUGAUUUAUUUAUCUUGCAAUGAUCCUGUUACUGGUAAAUUAACAAGCUCAUUUCUUAAUGUUCAUAAAGAUGAAUUACUACCCAGUGUACUGGAUAAAGCUUAUGAGUUAAUGGGAUUAGCUCCUCAUAUUCCUAUUGAGAGAUGUCGUUUAGUUGAAUAUAAUAUUAAAGAUAAAGUAAUGGAUCAGUCCUUUGAUCUUGAUGAGUUUCAGCAUCAAACUAUUGGGCAAAUUGUAGGCAGUGCUAGAGUUCAUUCUUCUUUUAAAUUAUUCUUAGAAACUCGCAAAGAAAAUGAAACUUUUAAAAAAUACAGUCAUGGAGGUAUUAAUCUAAAGGUAUCAGUGGUUAAUCUGUCAACUGGUGAAGUAGGACCAGCUAAACCAGUGAGAGGGGAAGAAGGUUGGACUGUUGGAGAAUUAAAACAACAUAUAGGAGAAUUAUUUAAUAUCAGUUUAUCAUCUUGUACAGUGAAGCCUUUUGAUUCUAAGGGUAAGAUCAGUUGUAGGGGGCAAAGGCAGGGGCGGAUCUAG